CCGUGAGGAACCCGCACUGCGGCCGGGCCGAGCGAGGAGCUGAGGGCAGCGGCCCCCCGGGAACGAUGUUCUCCCGGAAGAAGCGAGAGCUCAUAAAAACCCCCUCCAUCUCCAAGAAGAGCCGGGCGGGAAGCCCCGUCCCACAGACCCUGCCGGACCUCUCCCGCAAGGAUUGCCUGGAGGCACCGGGCUCCAGCGUGGGGGAGCUGCCCCCAGGCAGCGCCAAGCUCAGCAGCAGCCCCAGCACCGUGGGCACCCUGAAGCGCCCCACCAGCCUGAGCCGCCAUGCCAGCGCCGCCGGCUUCUCCCUGCCCACAGCCCCCCGCACCGUGCCCAAGGGACACAAGACCCCCACGUCCUACAGCCCCAUGGAGGGCGGGGAGGGUCCCUUCAUCGACCCCGAGGACAUCUCCCAGCUGCUGGCGGACGUCGCCCGCUUCGCCGAUGCCCUGGAGAAGCUGCGGGAUAUGGUGCUGCGCGAUGACCCCAAGGAGCCCCAGCGGCCGCUGGCCCACGAGUGCCUGGGUGAAACCCUGCGCAUCCUGCGCCAGGUCAUCAACAAGUACCCACUGCUCAACACCCUGGAGACCCUGACGGCCGCCGGGACCCUCAUCUCCAAAGUCAAGGGUUUCCACUACGAAUCCAACAAUGAGGCAGACAAGCGGGAGUUCGAGAAGGCCGUGGAGACCAUCGCCGUGUCCUUCAGCAGCACGGUGUCCGAGUUCCUCAUGGGGGAGGUGGACAGCAGCACCAUCCUCUCCAUCCCACCCAGUGACCAGAACCAGACUAUGGAGAGCCUCUAUGGGGGGAUUCCCGGGCCUGGAGGAGAUGGAGUGCCCUCAGGCAUGGGCAGCUACGACACAGCCCGUCCUCCGGCCGAGGAAGUGGACGUGAUGCUGCAGCGCUGUGAGGGGGGCGUGGACGCUGCCCUCCAGUACGCCAAGACCAUCUCCAAGUACAUGAAGGACCUGAUCGGAUACCUGGAGAAGAGGACCACACUGGAGAUGGAGUUUGCCAAAGGGCUCCAGAAGAUGGCAAACAGCUGCAAGCAAACCAUCAGUCAGGAGACCAACAUGCCUUUCCUGUCCAUCUAUCUGCUGGCCCUGGAGCAGGACAUGGAGCACGGGACCUCAGUUCUGCAGGCAGCCAACACCCUGCAGCAACAAACCUUCCUCCAGCCGCUGACGGUGAGACGUCUGGAGCACGAGAAACGCAGGAAGGAGAUCAAGGAGCAGUGGCACCGGGCGCAGAGGAAACUGCAAGAGGCGGAGGGGAACCUGCGCAAGGCCAAGCAGACGUACAUGCAGCGCAGCGAGGAGCACGACAAGGCCAAGUACAUGGCGGUGAAAGCGGAGGAGGAGCAGCAAAACACGACCAGCAGCGUCACCACCAAAACCCUGGACAAGAAGAGGCGGCUGGAAGAGGAAGCCAAGAACAAGGCAGAAGAGGCCAUGGCCACGUAUCGCACCUGUGUGGCCGAUGCAAACACACAGAAGCAGGAGCUGGAGGACACCAAGGUGAACUCCCUGCGGCAGAUCCAUGAAGUGAUCAAACAGACUGACCAGGUCAUCAAGUCGGCCACCAUCUCCUUCUACCAGCUCAUGCACAUGCAGACAGCGCCGCUGCCCGUGAAUUUCCAGACGCUGUGUGAGAGCAGCAAGCUCUACGACCCGGGCCAGCAGUACGCGUCCCACGUCCGGCAGCUGCAGCGCGGCGACGAGCCCGACGUCCAGUACGACUUCGAGCCCUACGUGUCCCACAACGCCUGGUCUCCCUUUACUCGGGCACGGAAGGGCAGCUUCAAUGCCAGCGAGUUCUCCACGAGUGCAGAAGGGGCCGGGGCUGGCUCGGAGGGAGCAGCAGGAGCCAAGGAGUCACCAAGUGGGGCUGGAGCAGCCGAGCGAAGAGGUGGGAGGGGACACCAGGUCCACAAAUCCUGGCCAACUUCUGUCGCUGAUGCUGACAGCAGCCUGGAUUCCAGUGCAGGUGAAUUCGGCCACAAGCUCCAGCGGCUGUCAUCCAACGGCACCGCGUCCUCCAGUGAGGAGCUGGAGGAGAAGGACGGGACCUCCACUCCCUUUGAGCAGAGCAUCAACGGGAUCACCCCGGAGCUGGCAGCUCCCACAGGGCCCUUCAGGAAUGUUGGCUUGUCCAAGGCUGCCCAGACCCAUCGGCUGAGGAAGCUCCGUGCCCCCUCCAAAUGUCGGGAGUGCAACAGCUACGUGUACUUCCAGGGAGCCGAGUGCGAGGAGUGCUACCUGGCCUGCCACAAGAAGUGCCUGGAGACCUUGGCCAUCCAGUGUGGGCACAAGAAGCUCCAAGGGAAGCUGCAGCUCUUUGGGCAGGACUUCAUGAAGGCGUCUCAGGGCAGCCCGGAUGGGAUCCCCUUCAUCGUCAAGAAAUGCAUUUCAGAGAUCGAGAAGCGGGCCCUGAAAACAAAGGGCAUCUACCGAGUUAAUGGUGUCAAGACCCGUGUGGAGAAGCUUUGCCAGGCCUUUGAGAAUGGGAAGGAGCUGGUGGAGCUGUCCCAGGCCUCCCCCCAUGACAUCAGCAAUGUCCUGAAGCUCUACCUGAGACAGCUGCCAGAGCCCCUCAUGCCCUUCAGGCUGUACAACGAGCUGAUGGGGCUGGCCAAGGAGAGCCUGCAGGGCGGUGAGGCCAAGGGCCGCAGCGGGAAGGGCGGCCCCGAGCUGCUGGACAGAGGAGCCGACACCGACCAGGUGGUGCUGAGCCUGGUGCUGAAGCUGAGGGAGCUGCUGAAGGAGCUCCCCUGCGAGAACAUGGCCACGCUCCAGUACCUCCUGCAGCACCUGAGGAGGAUCAUGGAAGUGGAACAGGACAACAAGAUGACCUCAGGCAACCUGGGCAUCGUCUUUGGGCCAACACUGAUGCGCCCCAGGCCCACGGAUGCCACGAUUUCCUUGUCCUCGCUGGUGGAUUAUCCCCACCAAGCUCGGAUCAUUGAGGCACUCAUCAUCUUCUACCCCACCAUCUUCGAGCACAAGGACAUGGCACCGGCCGAGCCCGGCAGACGCGGCUCGGGCGCCACGGAGGAGGCGGCCAGUGGUGCUGAGCGGGCCCAUUCGGGCUCCUCGCCUGUGGCUCCUCUUGGCACCGGCCCCUACCUGGAGCUGCCUUCGGAGAAGGGGAGUUUGGCUUUCAGCGCUGACUCGCUCGCAGAGUCUGGCGACCGCUCCGUGGACUCCGACUCGGAGCUGGAGGACGCCGGGGAGCCACGGACACACCUGAGCAAGGAGGGGAGCGAGACCAGCACGGAGGAGGUUCAUUUCUGCGACGAGGGGAGCGAGGGGCUGCGGAGCCGGAGCUGCAGCGUGGGCCAGUCGGAUGCAGAGGGCUCCGCUCCUCGCUGCUGCAGCCCUGGGGACGAGCAAAGUGAUGUGGAGGAACACCCUGAGAGCCGCAGUCCCACCACGCCCAGGGAUGCCACAAACCAGCCCGGCAGCCCUCGGGGCCACGGCAGCCACGAGCUGCAGCCCCGGCUCUUCUAAGCCACCACUGGGAUGGACGAAGGGGCAAAUCCCAGAGGCUGCCCAGAUGCUGGAAACUGGAAUGUGGAGGGGUGGGAGGGACACAUGGAAGCCUGGAGGGGUUUGGUGUGUCAGCUGCAAGCGAGUCCUGGCUGAUUCCUGGCUGGAGCUUUCACACAAAACCUCUGAGUCCCUUGGUGCCCAGACAGGGGAUGGGGUCACAGCCUGCUGGGACCCCUGGCUCAGCCAGGGCCAUGGAGGACCUUGCCUGGGAGCUGAGUCUGGGCAGACCCUGCACUUGUUCAGGAUUGGGAAGGAACCCAGGGCUGUGCCUGUGUCAGGUGUUUUAUUUUUGCUGUGCUCCUGAAUCCCUGAAUCCCACACCUGUGCUGCAAGAUGGAGGUUGGAUGAGUCAAAGGACAUGGUCACUCCUGAUGGCUGAGGCUGCCAGGGAUGACGUGGGGACAGCAGUCACUCAGGAUGGGCAGGAGGAUGGCACCACAGGGACAGACGGAACUGGAGGCAGCUCACUGGGACAGGGACACAGCUGGAGCAGCACUGGGGUUGGGGUGAAGCCCCUGCACCAUCUCACCCCGAGCCAGGCUUGGCUUUGGGGCUGUGCCAUCUGCCAGGAUCUCAGGGGAUGUCCCUCACUGACACCUGACUGAACUAGAAUUCAGGAUGGAUUUCCUGCCCCAAAACCUCAGCACUGUGUGGUCCUGGCCCAGCUGAUGGCAUCUGCAUUGCUGCUUGGACUGACAGAUACUUGGAUUGGUGGGCAUUUCCCUCCUUGGCAGGAGCCAUGCAAGGAGCAGCCACAGGCUGUGGACAGCCUCAGGGCAGAUUUGCCUGGCUGCAGGGUCCUGAGCCCUGCUGAGCUCUCAGGGUUUGGUUGUACAGUCCUUUCAUCUCCAAAAAGCCGUGCUGCAAGUCCAGGACUAACUCCCUCUGCUCUUGGAGCUGGGCAAGGGGCAGGUCCCCACAGGGAAGUGCCUCUUCCUCCUCCUCCUCAGGGCCACCACGGCCUGGAUCCAGCCCCAGCCCCAGCCAGUAUAAUCUUGAGCUUCUUUUUCUGUAAAGACAUGAAUCAACCCUUCAACAUGACUCCACUACCUCUGCUGGCAAACGGACUAAAGCCUAAGUGGUUUUGUUUUUUUAAAAGCUAUGAGACUUUCCUGCACUGAGGCACAGAGAAACAAGUUUUAGCUUGGAAUGAGCUGAGAGCCUUUUCCUUUGUUCUCCUGCUUGUGGGAGACAGACCAGCUGAUGGUGGGGUGGGUCUCAGACACCUUGGUACUGCAGAACCAGGCAAUGGGUGGGAGGUUUGAACCCUCUGGAGUCAAUGGAGAACCCAUCUCAACAAAGGUACAUAAACCCAGGUUAACUCAAAGGUUUGGAACUGAGCCAGGGAAGAGCUGGAGACCCCCAGGAUUUGUUGUGCCCUCCAGCUCUUCCACAGGAUAGUUGGAUUUUUCCAGGGCAGCAGGAGGAUGUGGGAAUGCUGCUGCCACGGCGGUACCGCGUGCGUGUGAGGGUGGGUGAGGAUGAUGAAGGUGAGUGUGAGUGAGAGAAGGGGCUAAAGCUGUGCUUGAGCUUCCCACGGUGGCAGCUCCCUCCUGGUUGUGUCGAUUCUGUGUUUGUCCUGACAGGCCUGUGCUGCUGCACGACGCUGCCUUGCUGUGUUCACGUUGA